GGGCGUUUUUGCAAACGUUAGUCGGAGGCGCUGUUGGACGAACGUCGACGUCGGCAGCCAUUUCGAUUUGUGUUCAGUGCGUGGAGUGGUGAAAGCAAUUUUCACCGAGAGGAGCGCGCUGCAUUUAGUUGUUUUAACGUUUGGACUGUGGCAAAGACUUUUAGUUGGUAAGGAACCCGCGAUAGCAGAUUAGUACCGAAGAAAUAUGUCAGCUCCCACGUGUUACAAGUGCAACCGUCCAGGCCACUUUGCCCGCGACUGCAAUGCCGGUGGCGGCAUGGUUGGCGGAGGAGGGCGCGAUAUGAGACGCGGUGGUGCUCGGGAAAAGUGCUACAAGUGCAAUCAAGUUGGGCACUUUGCGCGUACCUGUCCUGAGGAAGCAGAACGCUGUUAUCGUUGCAACGGAAUUGGUCACAUCUCGAAGGAAUGCACACAGGCUGAUAAUCCCACUUGUUACAAGUGCAACAAGCUCGGUCACUGGGCGCGUAAUUGCCCGGAGGCUCUUAAUGAUAGAAAUGUAAGCAACAUUUCGUGUUACAAGUGCAACCGCACAGGUCACAUUUCCAAGAAUUGCCCGGAUACGGCGAAGACAUGCUAUGGCUGCGGCAAGAGUGGUCAUCUGAGACGCGAAUGUGACGAGAAAGGAGGCCGUAAUUAAGAGAAGCGGCACGACUUCGUAUACUACACAUACACUACAAUUGCAACCAACUUAUAAAAAAAUAAAAGAAAAAAAUUAUAAAAACAAAGCUUAACUCACACUCUCCUUAUGAACCCUAAUUUUUUCAAUAAAAAAUUUUCUAAUUCCAAUUCGGCACAGUUGCGGCCCACUCUAAUAAGGGACGCAGACAAAUUUUGGAGCUGCACUGCGUCUGCGAUCCUGGGAAGUAUAAAUUGUUUGUUGUCGACCGAAAUUGAGAUUUACUGCUGCUUCAUAUACAUGCAUACACACACAGUCCAACCACAUACACAUCAUGAACAUUUAAAGUGAUCUGGCGAACGAUUAAACUGGGCUGAUACGAUAAUGUUGACUCGAUGCACUUUUGUUUUUUAAUGCUGAACGAAGCCGGGUAUCAGGCCCUGUUGAAGGAGCGGAGUAUAGAGCAGUUCGGAGAAUACCUACGAAAGAAUAGUACAGAGAAGAGCAAAGAAACCCAACUCAGAAGCACCAACCUUCAAUAUAAAAUUUCAAAUAUCACUGUGAUUGUUUUUUAAUUGUAAAUUAAAAUACUGGAGCUGCUGAUUUGAGAACAAGAAA